UUUACUCUCAUCGUGUUCUUUGAUCCCACUCGUAUCCUCUCUCAAUCCCCGAUCUACUACCAGGAAACCAUGUCUCAAAGGUUCACUCCCUCUCAAGUAGUCGAUAUGUCCAAGGAAAAGGACUGGCCUUUAAAUCUUGGCAUGCUUGACUGGGACGACACAAAAGUAGUGUUCACCAAACGCACUUUGCUUGAGUUCCUGAGGUAUACCGGAACUACGGUUGACACCAACUUCUCAAACAUCCAAAAACUUCCUCGUUAUGCGACUUUUGGCAAGAUGUCCGAUCAAGGCGAAGCUCCGCCAACUUCCGAUGCUGCGCCGCCCGCCAUGUCUCCUUCUACCGCCCAACGGAUUAUGAGCGAACCAGAGUUUGGAGAUGAUGCUCUUUCCGUCGCACCUCCUUCGGAGAGCGCUGAUGGUUUCAAGCCAACAAGGCGUGUGCGAACUGUACCGGGAGGUUCAAGCAGCAUGAGCAGCAUCUUCAGUGAUGAGCAAGAGGCGUUCGUUCCCACAAGGAAGGUUCGUGAGCGCCCUGGAGGUGCGGACAACAUUGAGGGUUUAUUCUAAAGAACCAGCGAAUGGUAGUGAUUCAAGACGAAAUCCAAAGUGUAUUUCAGUUCGUUUGCCUAGCUGGCACCCCUGCUGUAUCGUGUAUUUGGGCAGUUUGUAAUUGAUGUGCUACUUUAUUAUGGAUGAAUGUUUGAACAACG